GGGGUAAACACGGAAGUGAAGCACUAGAGAAGAGGAUGCCGCUACUCAACUCACUUUAUUUCGGAAUUGUCAAAUAAAACAGAGUUUGCAAACUUACUGAGACAGACUGAGAAUGCAGACGGCCAGAAAACGUCGAGGUCCCCAAGCCUCAGCACAGAUGAGUUCGCUGGCUGCUCUGAAGAAUCACUCACCGCCACAGAGAAAGCACUUCCACCUGGACCUGUGGAUGGUCCUGACACUGCAGAACUGGAUCCUGGACUUUGGCAGGCCUAUUGUCAUGAUCAUCCUUCCUCUGGAGUGGUUUCCUCUGAACAAGCCCAGUGCGGGGGAUUAUUUUCACAUGGCCUACAAUAUUCUGACGCCGUUCAUUAUGCUCAAGCUGAUAGAGCGCAGCCCCCAAGCAGUCCCACGCUCUGCAGUCUACCUCUGCAUCAUCACCUUCGUCAUGGGCGCCAGCAUCCACCUAGUGGGAGACUCCAUCAACCACCGCCUCCUGCUGAGCGGGUACCAGCUCCACCUGUCAGUGCGAGAUAACCCCAUCAUCAAGGACCUCAAGCCCGCCUCUCUGAUUGACUCCUUUGAGCUGCUGUACUAUUAUGACGAGCAGCUGGGACAUCUCAUGUGGUAUAUCCCAUUCUUCAUCGUCCUGCUGAUCUACUUCUGUGGAUGCUUCACCCAGGCCAAAGAGCAGAGGCUCCCAGUGUCAGGCUGGCUGCUGUUGGGGCCCAGUGCCCUCUACUACUGGUACUUGGUGACGGAGGGCCAGAUCACAGAGCUCUUCCUCGUCACCCUGGGGUGCAUGUUUGCUGUGUGGGUGCUGCAGAGACGCCGGGGCCUGGCUCUGGACAGUAAUGGUCAGUUCCUGCUGCUCAGCUUCAGCCUGGCUGUGCUCCUGGUGGGGCUGUGGGUGGGCUUCCUCUGGGAUGACCCCACCCUCCGCGCCAAAUACCCGGGACUGGUGUAUGUGCCGGAGCCCUGGUCUUACUAUACCCUGCACAUCAAGACCAGCCACUGACAGCAGGGGGCGGAAGAGGGACAGAAGUGAAAACGGGUACUGAAAGAUGCACUGUGCAGGUUUCUGGAGUAGGGUUAAGUAUAUGAACAUAAAAAUGUAAUGUGUUGCGUUCACAAUCACCUGAUGCGCCUUGGACCUGUGAAAUCACACUAUUUAAUUUUUUUUUUACCCUAAAUACAAAAGUUUUGACCGAGUCAUUCAAGUUUUCUUUCUACAUUUUAUUUACACAUAGAAGACAUCAAACAUAUGAAGCAAGAUAUAUGGAAUUAUGUAGCAAAGAAAAAAGUUAAAUAACUCAAAUACAUAUAUUUUAUAUUAAUAUCCUUAGAGUUUCCUCCCUUUGCUUUGUUGACAGAGCUGCAAACCCUUGGUCUUCUCUCAAUGAGCUUCAUGAUGAAGCCUCCUGAAAUGGUUUUCACUUCACAGAUGUGCCACGUCGGGGUCAAGAAAUGCCAAAAGUGCAAACCAGGGUUCAAAGCAAAGGGUGGCUAUUUUUUAAUUUUUAAAAUCUAAAACAUGUUUUGAGUUAUUUGUUUGCUAUAUUCCAUAUGUGUCAUUCAUAGUUUUGGUGCCUUCAGUGAGAAUCUACAAUUUAAAUAGUGGAGAUAAAGAAGAAGCAUAAAUGAAAAAGUGUGUCUAAACUUUUGUCUGGUAGUGGAUAACCAGGAAAGUCCCAUCGAGAAUCAAAGAUCUGUUUUUCAAGGGAUUCCUGGCCAGGAGGCAUCAACAACACCCACAGACAAAACAUUUCAUAUAACACAGACAGCAUACAUAUUAAAGUGACAGGCUGAUGAUUGCAUUUCCAGGUCUUUCUGUUGAAAUGGGCCAGAGGUACAACAUUUUUUAGUUCCAAUCGCACAAUACUGAAAAGUAAUUUUUCCUCCCUCUGUCCGGACAUGAGGGACAGGUAGUGUGUAGGCUCGACAUCCUGACAAUGCAACAUGUGAGGUGUGUGAGACCUAUGCUCAAGGUACACACUUAACAACCCUAGAGUACAGUCGUGCCAUGUGAACGCAACCUAUUGAUACUUUGCAAAGACAUCACGCUGGGGGUGUUCUAUAUGUAUGCCUGUGGUGAAAUGAUCAGCAGUUACCAUGGAGACACAAAGCACACAUUAACAGACACAAUCUGAUAAGUUUUUAGAUUUUCUGAAAAAAAAAAAGGAUUUAAACACAUUUUCAGGAGCUUGUGACCAAUACGAGUGUUCAUGGUCCUGUUUAGGAGUUUAACAAAAGGUGAGUGACUAACUGAAAAACUGAAAGUAAAAAGGAUGUCACCCCUGAUUUCUAUCCUAUACUGUUUGCUACGGGACAACAGUAUAACGUGUUGCCAUGGUAACUGUUGACCUCCAGGCAAAUGCAAUGUUGUGACUGAAAUCUAUCAAUUAUCAGAUUGAUUUAUUGUGGCGGAGCGUCCACCAUGUUGUUGUCUCCAUAGAAUGCCAAAACGUGUCUUAUCUCCAUGGAGACAAGCAGACAAUGGCACCUUUUAAUUGCCUGUAAUUUAAAGUACACUCUAUACCUUUUCUGAAGAACAACGAGAAGACCCUGCAAAUAGUGGCUUUUAAAUGAAGGAUAGAAAAAAGUGACGUAGUGAUGUAAGCUCGGCAUUUCGUCCGGGGGCGGGACCUAACAUUCUAUUGCAACGAAGGAUCAGGGUUAGGUUUAUGAACAGGGGAGUUCAGGGUUUUGGUUAGGUCUGCUCAGGGGCGGUGCCAGACAUUUUUGGUUGGAGGAGCUAAUGGGGUGCUAAGGUCUUCAAUAUGGGUGCUCACGUAACAUGUUAAUUUAGAGUCUUUUAAAAUUGGAUCUUACCCCCUACCCCCUACCAUGUUUGAGUUAAGUUUAAAUGUAGUUAGCUCCUAUAGCGAUAUAUAAAAGCCAAUAUGGACCUUUUUUUUAUUGGAGUCUCAUUUUGAACAAUAUUUUUAGUAAAGAUUGGAUGUGUAUGAAAGUGGGGCACAAAUCUUUGCUAUGGGGGUGCAUGGACCAUUCUAGGGGAGGCUAGUGCCCCCUCAACCUCCCCUUGGUCUGCUAACCGGGUCUUGGCAAAACUGAACUGCAAUUUUUAGACAAAAGAAAAUGUAAAUACAAGUGGUGGUUAUGAAAUGAACUCACUCUCCAUGGAAAACACAGCUGCAGCAGUUAGCUCCGGCCCCGAAUGAAACGCUGAGAAUUUAGGGAGUUCCUUUAAGUGAAGACUGUUGUAAGGUUUGUGAGUUCCUCUGUGCUGUCUCUAACAUGGCGGGUUAAAGUGUAGGCUUGCAGGGCUCCAGCAGGGGGCUCUGUUUUUUGAUACUUGACCUUUGGGACUUUGUAGACUGAAGCGCUGUGCUGCUGUGGGACAGUGAGGAUGUUCUUUGUCGAUCAAUGUUACUGAACAUGACAGACAGCAAUGUUUUUAAAGAAAAAUCUGUUUUUGAUAUCAUGUCUGUGUCCUAAAAUGAGUUUAAGCCAGGUACAUAUGAUAGGUUUUUCUAAUAUGACUUGAUUUUGUGUGGUAGUAUCAUAGACUGUAUAUAUAAAUGGACAUAGCUAACCUGUUUGCCAUGUUCCAAAUAGGAAGUGAUCUUGGGUGUGCUUCUGGCUCCAUCGACUCUGGCUCCAAAUCACUUUACAUUGGAAAAUUGUUACCUCCCUCUCUGUAACUGCUGCAGUGAGCCUCAUUAUUUUCUUUUAAAAUAUUCAUAUUAACCCAAUGCAUGAUCCUCGGGUUUUUAUUUCGCCAUCGCGCCUUCUCUCCCUGAAGUCUCUCCCGCUAGCGUUAGCAACAGAAUUGAUUGACAGCGUUGCUAAGUGCUCAUUUCGUGCUAAACCAGCGGUGCGAGUGGAAAGGGGUGUUACCUUCAACCACUUUGCUCCAAUUGGCUCUUUAGUUACUAUGAUUUGCGGUCAGAAUUUCAAAAAGUGGAAGUCAGCCCCAAAUUCGCCUCUUUAACCACUAGCCUCAAUGAGCUGCAUUUAACUGGAGCUGAACACUAUGGGUGACGUCACACUCACUCAGCCCACUUCUUUAUACAGUCUAUGGGUAGUACCUGUGGUAAAUAUUUAUCAUCAUAGUUUCACAUCAGAAUGGCACCAGAAGUAAACGUACAUACAUCACAAUGUAUCACCAGCAGUAGGAAAAAUGACAAAGUGUUAGCAGCCUACAAACAAGUCUAUAAUGAUAUACUGUAAUCUGUUCAUCCAAUCUCUUGUAUUUAAAAUAUUCAGUGUAUUCAAUGUGUUAAGUGUCUUGUACAUGUGGGAGAAAUUUUAGUAUUGUGUGUUAUUUUUCUUUUGUCCAAGAUACACUGCCAGAAGUGUUAAAAGCGACACUAGUCUUUCUCAAAUCCUUUAGUCUCAUCCUGUUUUAUUUCACAUGUCUGUUGUUUGAUCAUCCUUAUCUGUACUCAGAUGCUAAAGUAAAGGUCAAACCCAACGGCCAGCCAGACUGAUCAAAAUGUAAAUUAUACUCGGGAAAAGACCUCAGACUGUGUUUAAGUGUUGUAACCUUUUUGCUCUUGGCCCACUGCAGCAGAAACUCUGUCUGUCAGUAGUGGGACACCAAUUUGUUAUUAUUUUGAUAUUUACAGAUAAUUUCCACGACAUAUGUAAAACAGGAAGUAAAAUUAUAAACUUAACCCCAAUUUAAAAAAAACAAAAACAAAAAAAAAAACUAUGCAGUUUUUAGUUUAAAGCAGGGGUGACCAAAGUGUGGCCAAUUGCUCAGCUCCCUGUCAGAGGCCACUCUAUUUAGAUAAAUGUUUACACUGAAAAGAGAUACAGAUGAGACCAAAUCAGUCAAUCCCCUUAAAACCACAAUAACUGAAGAGAAUUAAAACAUAAAUAUAUUUGAAGAUGACAUAUUCAAUUUGACCCUUCAAGGAA